AGAUUGAAUAUCUGUUCUAUGGAAAGAAGCAUUCUGAUUCUUCAUGGCGGAGAAUGUUUUUAUUCCUUAAUAGCCGUGAUAAUAUCGUCGAUUUUGUGACUCGACAACAGUUUUCUUUUUCCACUCGUUCCACUCGUUAAAUGUGAUCAACAUCAUGGACAUUCGCGGAAUAGAAGUUACGAAUCAAUUGCGGAGUGCUAUUCGUGCUAAAUUGUUGGAGUUAGGAAUAAGAUAUGAUGAAGAACUACCAGAUUAUAUUUUAGUAAUGGUUGUAAAUAAAAAGUCUCGCCAACAAAUGCAUGAAGAUUUAUAUUUGUUUCUGGAAAAUUGCACAACACCAUUCGUUGAUUGGUUACAUGACCAAGUGUUGAAAAAGUUACAGAAAGUCACUGUAGCCAAGAAAAAAUCAUUGAGAGAAUUUGUACCUACAGUUGUUGUAAAACAAGAGGAAGAAAGGAAAAAGAGAAAGACAUCGACAACUUCUUUUUUGGAAGAUCAAGCUGCUAAUCAAACUAUUGAAAAAUCUUCCAAUAAAAAUAUGAAAGAUGAUAAGUCAUUCCAUAAACAAACCAUAAAACCAACAAUAUCUAGUCAAAAAUUGGAUACAAGUCAAAAUAAAAUUGUAGAUAAAUCUAUAAAAAAUAUUAAUCAUGAUAGUAAAUCAGAUGAGAAUACAUCGAAUCACAAUAUUUCUCAACAACCUGUUUCCAAAAGAAAUGAAAUGCAAAAUGCAAAUACGAAUAAAGAAUUAUCACCUUUUGAAACUUCCAAUAAUAAAACUAAAGAUUCUCAUGUUGAAACAAAACUCGAUGAUUCAUUAUCCAAAAAUUUAAAAAGACCAUUGGAUACAACAAAUAAUUAUAGAGAUGGUUCUGAGAAAAAACAGAAUGAGACAAAAAGAUCAAAAAUCCAGGAAGAUGCAGAAAGUACGACAGAAGAUAAUGCGAAAAAAUUGAAGUCUUGCAUUAAUAAACCAAAAGUUACAUCUGUUGUGUCUGUAAAAAAUCGCUUGGGUAUGGUAUCGCCCAGAAAAAAAUUUGAAGUACACAGAGAAAAAAUAGAUACUGAAAGUCGAUAUAGACAAAACGAAAAACGUCCUGAAAAAUAUCGAUUGGACAAUAAUCGAAAUAACAAUUUUCCAAGAGGGAGAAUUUUUGAUAUGGAAGAUCGUACAAAUAGAAAUCGUGAAAUAAACGAAUCUGAUAAAAUUAAUAAUAUUAAAAGUCGAUUGGGUAAUUCAAAAGUACCCAAAAAUGUAGAGUUAAGAGAGAAAGCAAAUUCUAAUUUAAAACCGAAACCAACAGAAAAAUCGAUGGGUACGAUUAAAGAUCGAUUAGGUAUUGCGAAUACUAAUAAAUCGUCCAAAUUAUUAGGAAAUAAAGAGUCUAUAGAAUUUAAAAGCAAGCCUUUAGAACAAGAUCGCGAUACUUUGACUAAUAAUAAAAAUAUAAAGGAGAGAUUGGGACCAUUGAAAAACAAUUUUAAACCACCAAAUAUUAAAAGUGGUUUUAAUUCAUCGAUUAGACGUUCUCAAAGUAGCGAGGAUGAUGAUUAUCUUAAUUUGGGUGCAGAGGAGGAAUUGGAUGAUGACACGCAAUCUAUAGGUGUUUCUGGACCUAUUAAAUCCCACAUUAUAGCUGUAAAUAAAUCUGCAUCAAAUAAGACUGAAAGAAAACGAUUGAAACCAUUAGAAAAAGGGAAUAAAUGCAGCGAUGCAGAAGAGGAAGUCGAGGAAACUAAAAUAUUAAGCAAAGUAAUUGUAACUCCAAGACCAUUGAAACCUUUACAACCGGCUCAAAAACGUGCUACGCAAUCACUUUUAUUAAGAGCGGUUGCAGAGGCAAAUCAAUCUGUUGUUAUGCAAAAAAAUCCAGAGCCAUCCUUACUGGAGAAGAAGCAGACUUUGAAACAUCUUAAACCAACUACUGUACGAGACGUAGGUCAAAAUUUAUCAGUACACCUGAAUUCUAAUAAGCGAUUAGUUAUGGAAAAAAUACAAGUAGAAUUAAACACAGAUGUUUCAGAAUCGAAAUCAAAACCUUAUGUACCGCAACCAGUUACCGAGGAACACAUGGGUGUCGUAAUGUCUUUAUUCCAAAGGAGCGACGAUAACCAAAAAUUUUUAGUUACACUUAAUGGAUAUAAUAAUAAUUUAAUGAAAGAAAAAAAUACAUCUGACGACGAUGAACGACUGGAAAUGGAGGUGAAUGAAGAUGACGAGCUUGCACUAUCAACAAUUCAAAAUGACAUAUACGCACAGAAUGAAUCGGAAACUUCUGUUUUUCACGUGUCCGAAAUGGAAACCGAUGGUGAUUUAAGUGUAAAAGAAAGAAGUGAAGAAAAUAAUGAAAAUUGUAACACGGAAAACGUAGAGAAUACCGAGGAGAUACCAAAAAAGAGGAGAAAAUUAAGUCCAAUUAUUUAUAAUAGGUCCCAUUCACCAAGUCCCACGGAUUUAAAGUCUAGCACAUUAUUAACAAACCCGUUAUUAACAAAACGUUUAGAUAAAAAACCACUAACAGAGAAUACGGUGACGGUGAUAGAUAAGUCAAAAGAAAAAUGUAGAUACUGGCCAAAUUGUACAUUAGGAAAUAAGUGCGCGUAUCUUCAUCCUCUUGUUAUGUGCAGUGUAUUCCCUGCGUGUAAAUUUGGAGACAAGUGUGCUUACAAACAUCCCAAAUGCAAAUUCGGCUUGUCCUGCACAAAACUGGGAUGCGUAUUCUCUCAUCCUGCCCAACAGUGCAAGUAUCAUCCAUUCUGCACCAAACCAGCGUGUCCAUAUUCUCACCCGAUGCCGAUGCCAGUUGCCGCGGAGGCGUCUAGUCAAAGGGCGAAGUUUACGUGGCGCAGGCGAGAUUGAGUCACACUAUUGUACAAACAAUGUACAAAUUUCCUUUUCCUUUAGCGUUAAAAUCGUCAUGCACAUUGACAAGAAUACUGUCGCGAUUUAUUCGAUUUUUAGUAACGAUAAUCGAAACAUGUGACGAAAGUAGCAAUAAUAUAUAGUAGUAGAUUAAUACUGCCAAUAUUACGUUAUAGGUGCGUUAUCAAUAUGUAAUUAUAAUCUAAUUAACGAUUAUAAAAUAUUAACGAUUCUUGCUUUUUAUUUACUAAAGAUCUUAUACAGUUUGUAGAUCUAUAGUUUUCAUUUAUUGUACACUUUGUAAUCGCACUUUGCAAUUGUAGAAUUUUCACUAGCAUAACUUUUAUCUACUACGAUCAAACAUAUUUUCUUACUAAUGUAAUAUCUUUCUUUCUUUCUUUUUUUUUCUUUCGCAUAUUGUUAGCGAUAGUAUUCUUGCCGAUAAGUAAAAAUACAACAUUCUACUUUGUACAAAUGAACGGGUGUACGUUUUGAUCGCAAACUUUGGACGGAUUUUCGACGUUCGACUCCCAUUUAAUCUGUAUCAUAUAAUUACGUCGACUCACACAGAGAGUAACGGUUUGCAUUUGUUGAAUAAUACAUUAAAAGCGUUGUAAUUUUAUUCGUUGCCCUGGCUCUAUGGGUAUACGGACAUUAUCUUUUACCACUUCGCCGAUCCAGUUGAAUGGAUCGUGGCUCGUCUAUUCAUUUUACUAGCUUUAAGGAAAUAUAUCAAUAAGACAUUAUAUUGAUUCGAUAUUGAUGCGAGUUUGACAAGUAAUAUAUAAUAUGAUUGUUGAA